AUAGCUUCAGUUAACGAUCUGGAAAGCGCAGAUUCACGGAAUUGGGCAGUCCUGGUGAGGGAGGAACCGGAAGUGAUGAAGCGGGGAAACUGGGGAGGGAAACUAGAGUUUAUCCUUACGUGUGUAGGGUACGCAGUGGGACUUGGCAACGUUUGGAGGUUCCCCUACCUCGCAUAUAAAAACGGUGGAGGAGCCUUCCUGAUCCCAUACUGGUUCAUGCAGAUCUUCGUGGGAAUGCCCCUAUUCUAUAUGGAGUUGUGUUUUGGUCAAUUUGCCAGUCUUGGGCCUUUGGCUAUAUGGAAAAUCAACCCAUUGUUCAAAGGUCUGGGCUACUGCUCGGUGAUAUCAUCGGCUUUAAUUGGUCUGUACUACAACGUCAUCAUCGCCUACUGCAUUUACUACUUCUUCGCGUCAAUGACGGACCUGUUACCAUGGGCACUGGAAACUGACAUAGCCGCUGGAUCGAACAGUACCAAUGUGACUGUAAACUUGGGGUUGAACACAACUAACUCAACAACAACAGUAGAGAAAUCAGAAAGUGAGAAAUAUUUCUAUGAGACGGUCCUGAAUAUAUCUACUGGUCUAGAAGACAUGGGCGGUGUUCAAUGGCAACUAGCACUUUGUCUGCUGGCGGCCUGGGUUAUUGUUCUGAUCGUCCUGUCCAAAGGUAUCCAGUCACUUGGCAAGGUCGUUUACUUCACGGCGACGUUCCCCUAUCUUCUCCUGACAGCCUUGCUGAUCCGAGGAGCAACACUACCCGGAGCAAGUGAGGGAAUCCAAUACUAUCUUACUCCAACAUGGGAUCGACUUCAGGAUUCCACGGUAUGGAGCGAUGCGGCCACUCAGGUGUUCUACUCCCUCAGUGCCUGCUCUGGUGGGCUGAUUCUUAUGUCUAGCUUCAAUAGGUUCGACAACUUCUGUCUCAGAGACGCCCUUAUUGUGCCGUGUGUGGACUGUCUCACCAGCUUCUUCUCCGGGUUCGUCAUUUUUACUGUGCUGGGCUUCAUGGCGAACGCAAAAGGGGUCAAAGUUGAGGAUGUAGCGACAGGAGGUAGUGGUCUAGCCUUUGUUGUGUACCCUGAGGCCAUCUCUAACAUGCCAGCGCCGACCGUCUGGGCCGUCCUCUUCUUCUUCAUGUUACUCGUCAUCGGCUUCAGUUCACAGUUUUCCAUUAUGGAAUGUGUAAUGUCCUCGUUCAUUGAUGAGUAUGCGCAUAUUCUUCGGAAGAACUGGAAAAACUCUUUCUUGUUCCGGGUAGGUGUGGCAGCGCUGUUCUAUUUAUUGGCCCUACCCAUGACCACAAGGGGAGGCUUGUAUUUGCUGGAGCUGGUUGACUCGGCCGUGAGUGGCUUCCCCUUAUUAUUUGUGGGACUCUUUGAGUGUAUCGUCAUCAACUGGAUAUAUGGAUACUCGAAUUUUGCAAAGGACAUACAGAUGAUGAUGAAACGGACUCCUUGGGCAUACUGGGUUUACUGCUGGUGUGGGAAGACCCCUCUAGUAUUGUCGGUGGUGAUUGUAUUUAAGGCUGUACAGUACGAGAAGAUCACACUUCUAGAGUACGUGUACCCCGCCUGGGGGGAGAUGUUGUGGUGGAUGGUAACUCUGUUCCCUAUAAUGGCUAUUCCGGGCUGGUUCCUGUUUUACUACUGCAGGCACGGAGGCUGGCAGGUUUUGGCGAAGUUGACAAAACCACUGCCAGAGUGGGGACCUGCUGAAGACAUCAACAGGGAUGGAAUUCGCUAUAAAAAGAAAUCAGCAAUCCAGAUGGAAAUUUCAAACCCAACCCCAACUACCUUCAUAAGGUAUGACGACAAAGGGAAGGAUAACGAAGCUUUCACGGCUGAGGAGAACCUAUCAUCCCUGGGUUAUCAGUUUCCUCCGGACUAUGAUGAAGCUACGCAUAUGUGA